GGAGAUCUGAGCGGCUGCUGCAGCACCGGGCUGCUCUGCUGAGGAGGGUGACCAUGGAAGACCUCGGGGAGAACACCACAGUCCUGUCCACCCUGAGAUCUCUGAACAACUUCAUUUCUCAGCGAGUGGAGGGAACAUCAGGCCUGGAUGUGUCCACAUCUGCCUCGGGGUCCCUACAGAAGCAGUAUGAAUAUCACAUGCAGCUGGAGGAAAGAGCAGAGCAGAUCCGCUCAAAGUCCUACCUCAUCCAAGUGGAGCGGGAGAAGAUGCAGAUGGAGCUGAGCCACAAGAGAGCUCGAGUGGAGCUGGAGAGAGCAGCCAGCACCAAUGCCAGGAACUACGAGCGCGAGGUGGAUCGCAACCAGGAGCUCCUGGCACGCAUUCGACAGCUCCAGGAGUGUGAGGCCGCAGCAGAAGAGAAGAUGCGGGAGCAGCUGGAGCGCCACAGGCUGUGCAAGCAGGGCCUGGAUGCUGCCAGUCAGCAGCUGCGGGAACAGGAGGACAGCCUGGCUGCGGCCAAGGAGAUGAUUAGUUCAUUGAAGGGGCGUGUCUCAGAGCUGCAGUUGAGUGCGAUGGACCAGAAGGUGCAGGUCAAGCGGCUGGAGUCUGAGAAGCAGGAGCUGAAGGAGCAGCUGGAGCUGCAGCAGCGGAAAUGUCAAGAGGCAAAUCAGAAGAUCCAGGAGCUGCAAGCCAGUCAAGAGGAGAGAGCUGACCAUGAGCAGAAGAUUAAGGACCUGGAGCAGAAGCUGUGUCUACAAGAGCAGGAUGCAGCUGUGGUGAAGAGCAUGAAGUCUGAGCUGAUGCGGAUGCCUAGGAUGGAGCGUGAGCUCAAGAGGCUGCAUGAAGAGAACACUCAUCUAAGGGAGAUGAAGGAGACCAAUGGGCUGCUCACAGAGGAGCUGGAAGGUCUGCAGAGGAAGCUGAGCCGGCAGGAGAAGAUGCAGGAGGCUCUGGUUGACCUGGAGUUGGAAAAGGAGAAGCUGCUUGCAAAGCUGCAGAGCUGGGAGAACCUGGACCAGACCAUGGGCUUGAAUCUCAGGACUCCAGAGGACCUUUCUAGGUUUGUGGUUGAGCUGCAGCAGCGAGAGCUCGCCCUGAAGGAGAAGAAUAACAGCAUCACCAGCAGUGCCCGGGGUCUAGAGAAGGUCCAGCAGCAGCUCCAGGAUGAGGUCCGGCAGGUCAAUGCACAGCUGCUGGAAGAGCGGAAAAAGAGAGAGACACAUGAGGCACUUGCCCGAAGGCUCCAGAAGCGCAAUGCAUUGCUGACCAAGGAGAGAGACGGCAUGCGUGCCAUCCUGGGAUCCUACGACAGUGAGCUGACCCAAACUGAGUACUCAACCCAGCUGACACAGCGCCUGUGGGAGGCCGAGGACACGGUUCAGAAGGUACAUGCCCACAGCUCGGAGAUGGAGGCUCAGCUGUCUCAGGCCCAGGAGGAGCUUGGGGUUCAGAAGCAGAGAGCUGACACGCUGGAGAUGGAGUUGAAGAUGCUGAGGGCCCAGACAAGCUCAGCUGAAUCCAGCUUCCCAUUCUGCAAAGAGGAGGUGGAUGCACUCAGGUUGAAGGUGGAGGAGCUGGAGGGUGAGCGGAGCCGUCUGGAACAGGAAAAGCAGAUGCUGGAGAUGCAGAUGGAGAGGCUAACCCUACAGGGUGACUACAACCAGAGUCGAACCAAAGUGCUACACAUGAGCCUGAACCCAGCCAGCAUGGCCAGGCAACGCCAGCGUGAGGACCAUGACCGGCUGCAGGAGGAAUGUGAGCGCUUACGCGGACUUGUACAUGCCCUGGAGAGAGGGGGCCCCAUCCCUGCUGACCUGGAGGCUGCCUCCAGCCUGCCCUCAUCAAAGGAGGUGGCAGAGCUGCGGAAGCAGGUGGAAAGUGCUGAGCUGAAGAACCAGCGGUUGAAGGAGGUUUUUCAGACCAAGAUCCAGGAGUUCCGCAAGGUUUGCUACACGCUGACCGGCUACCAGAUUGAUGUGACCACGGAGAGCCAAUACCGCCUCACCUCCCGAUACGCUGAGCACCAGACGGACUGCCUCAUCUUCAAGGCCACAGGACCCUCGGGCUCCAAGAUGCAGCUGCUGGAGACGGAGUUCUCCCGUUCUGUGCCUGAGCUCAUUGAGCUGCACUUGCUGCAGCAGGACAGCAUCCCUGCCUUCCUCAGUGCGCUCACCAUAGAGCUGUUCAGCCGCCAGACCUCUGUCUAGCCUCUUCCUGUGAGCAUCCUCACCUACAGCCUCACCUGUACCUGCAACCCCCAGACCUUGGGCCAGCUCUUGGUUUACAGUUGCCCACAUCAUCCCCAGAUCCCUUUGCCACUCACAGCUGCAUCGUGUCACAAACACUAGCCAUAGCCUCUGCUCAAGCAGCCACUGUCUCUUUUCCCUGGUCAGCAGGAGCAAGCUACAAAGCCAGAUCACACCCCACUACUCUCCUCCCCACCCCACCCCCUGUUCUAGAGCCGCUCCAUGUACUGUCCCAAGGUGUACCCAUACCAGCCUCCAGUCCCAUGUGCUGGUUGCUUAGGCUUCAGUGGCCACAGUCUCAGCCUAAUGAAAUAAAGUGCUGUCUUUGUCUUCCUUCCUGGA